CGUCCGGCGGCGGGCGGCGCGACUGCGCGCUCGGUGCUGAAACGUGAAAACAUUCCCCCGCGGCGCGCGCGCUGCGCCAAUGAGGAGGCGCGGCGGCACGCACACAGGCGCGCGCACGCACACUCGCGCGCCGCCCGCCACUGAAAGCUCGCGCUCACCUGGACGCAGACGAGCGCCGCGCGCCGCCACACUCGCGCCCCGGUCAUGUGCACAGCGCCGCGCUAGCAGUCCCGCCCGCGCUCCGCACGCACCCGCAAGCAAACAUGGAGAAUGUGACACAGAUGGAACAGACCGACGUACACAGCUCCGCUGAGGCGCUCGAGCUCGUCAAGAGCGAGACGCGCACCGACCUCGAGCCGGCAGACGACGCCGGCGGCACGGCGGGGGCCCAGGCAGGCCCCGGCGGCCCGGCAGGCCCCGGGGGCCCCGCGGGCGACGAGCCGCCGCGCGAGCCCUCGCCGGCCGCGCACUCGCAGUCCGUUAUCACGUCGCGGCGCGGCGUGCGCACCAUCACGGCGGCCGGACACAUCACCACGGAGCCGGGGGAGCCCGGCGACGACGGCGUCAAGCCCGAGCCGGCUGAGCCCGCGCCCGACGAGCUGCAGCAGCACUACGCCAAGCUGGAGGAGGCACGUGACCAGCAGCACUACGACGAGGAGCGCUUGCGCCUGGCGGAGCCCGACACUGCGCGCUAUCUUGCCUUCAAGCCCGAGCCCUACCGCCUGCCCUCCCCCGGCUCCCGCGCUCCGCCGCAGUACGCGCGCCCCACGCGCCCUGCGCCUCCGCGCGGCCUGGCUCUGCGCUACGCCGCGCCGCACCAUGUCAUCGUGGCGCAGGAUGGCGACGGCGACGACGCCGCACACGAAGCUUUCCUACACAAAGAUAAAGAACAGCUACAGGCGUACGGCGGAAGCGAAGCUUCGCAGGCCGACGGCCGUCAGUACGCCGCGGUUCUCAGCGACCAAGCCGCUUCUUCCCUGGAGAUGAUCCAGACAACAGCGCUCAACAACCAGCAAGCAGUUGGUGUAGCGUAUCAGCAAGUGAAGUACGAAGCCCGUGGCGAGGGAGAACCUCGGCCUACUACGUAUGCCAGCCUACAGCCCGUGACGUCAGUGCACGGCGGGUACGCGUAUGCGGGACAGAGCCCGCAGUACGCGGGCGGCGGGUACGGCGCGUACGCGGGCGGCAGCAAGGAGCUGCUGACGCUGUACGGCGGCGGCGCGGGCGGCGCGGGGGGCACGGGAGGAACGCGCGGGGAUGAGUCGCCGCCCGGACAGCUGCUGUACCGCAGCGACCCCACGCUGUCGUCGUCGUCGCUGGCGCGCGGCGCGCACGUCGUCUAUGGCUCCGUGGUGCCGCAGUCACAGGCCGUGUACGAGGCGCCUCCCAGCCCCAACUCACAGCAGGUGACGCUAUAUACCCACGGCAACACGGUGCAGUACAAAGUGGGCGGUGAACACUACCUGGGUCAGGGUAGCGGGGUUGAGUACGUGCCCGUGUCGGGCUACGAGGGAGGCCUGCUUGUAGAAGGCUACCCGGCUCCCGCUCAGGCCUGGCCCACGCACAACCUACUGCCUAUCGACGAUGGCUUCGAUCCUAGCAUGGCGGGGAUGGGCGAGGUGAAGGAGUGCGUGAACUGCGCCGCCGCCACCACGCCGCUGUGGCGUCGCGACGGCACGGGCCACUACCUGUGCAACGCGUGCGGCCUCUACACGCGCAUCAACGGCGUCAACCGCCCGCCACUCAAGGGACAGAAAGCCAAACCUCAACAAGCCCUGCCAACUAACGGCAACCGACGCGUGGGCGUGACGUGUGCCAACUGCCGCACGUCCAACACCACGCUGUGGCGCCGCAACAACAACGGCGAGCCCGUCUGCAACGCGUGCGGCCUCUACUACAAGCUGCACAACGUGAACCGGCCGCUCAGCAUGAAGAAGGACGGCAUCCAGACGCGCAAGCGCAAGCCCAAGAGCAUGGGCGGCGGGCACGGCGGCGUGGCGCGGCCGGGCGGCGGACCGCUGGCGGCGGACGCACACAAGGUGCUGCCCCCGCUGUACGCGGCGGUGGAGGGCGCGGGGGGCGCGGCAGGCGCGGGGGCGCCGCUGCUGCUGCUGCCCGCCGCGCGCCACGCUCCCGACAUGGUACCAGCGCUAGAGCGCACCGCGCCGCACUACCGGCCGCCCUAACGCGCCGCGCAGCGCUCCACUGCACCCGCACGCGGCUCCACAAGUGCCCAGUGCCACGUAAAGGUCUCCAUUACCACGUCUCCAUUGAACACCAUGUGCAUCACCGUCUUACAAAACUGCGACGUAUGUUUUGGUACAAAACCGAUCUCAAAUAAGAAGAGGAUUAAUCGAUCGAUACGGCGCAGCGGUGCAUUCUAUGCUAACUAAGCUGCUCAGAAUUUCUCAGGGUACUGAGUCGAAUGACCAAGCUAACAUGGGCAUCAUGGAAUAUCAUUGCUAACCAAUAACUAAGUGGGUCAUAGUGUAAUAGUUCUACAGUCCAUGAUGUUUCUGGUGUUACUUCUACCCUGAUCAGACGGUACGUUUGUAUCAUCAUUCCGUGUUAUGGUGUAAGCGUACGGCUAGUUUUAUAGCCGCGCAGUAAAGAUAAACUAUUGCAUCCAUGACAGUGCCUGAGAUAACCCGCAAGUGCGCCCCCACCGCAACGCGAGACAUCGCACCAAGUGUUCCGACGACGCUCAUCACUGCGCCGACGCUUGAUAUUAUUGAGGUCGACGUCAGAACUCGGCAAACAUAUCUGUCAAGCUGUGUACUAACGUUGUUGUGCCAACACCAGAUACACUCGCUGGGAGCCCAAGUGGACGAUCACUGCGGAUAUGUGACGUCACACAUCUGCCUACUGGAAACUUGUACAUAUAGGAUGACGUGUGUCGUGUGCCAGUCAGAAGACAUUCAGUGGAGACUGCACGACCAGUGCAUGUAUCAUAUAGUUACGUACCUAACUAGUUAAUGUAUACAUAGAUUUAAUGGACGACGAAUUUACUAUAAUAAUAUAUUGUUAUGACUGUGAGAAUGUGCCCAAGUGUUGCGUGCCCGGCUGUGUUUCUGUGUGUGUGUGUGAGUUGGUUUGUUCAGCUAAUUAGGUUUACAUAUUUAUAUUUUGAUAACACUGUUUGAACUGUUAUAGGUAACAUAAGAGUUUAUGAAAUAAGCGACCGAAUAAAAGUCAUUGUUGUCAGUAA